UCUCUCGGGUGACACGAGUCUCCACUCCCUCUCCGGUCUCACUCCGCACCUGCGUCUCUUCCCCGCCGCACUGGUGUUUUUGUUAUGGAAUCGAGCGGUUCGGCCGGAAGCUAAGUUUUUUUUGUUGUUGUCACAGACUCCCCGCUGCUGCCUGUGUCGUGUCCCAACGGGGAGAAUGGUGGUGGAAUGCCACAGGAUUACUAUCAUCUGACCGGCAGCUCAGAGGCAGCGGACCCACCAGCUUUCUGACCAGCGCAGCUCGACGAUGCCUGUGGGGCGAAGAUGUCUACAAUGAAGCACGUUAUCUUGCCGGAUAAGGACGAGGACGUUGACAGGAAGCUGGACUGGAGCUACAUCGAGUGGGUGGAGAACGAGGUGGUCACGCCAGGUGCGGCCGACGCCGAGACCCAAACGGAUGGCAGGUGUUUGGAGCACAAGGAAGUCCAGACCAGCAGCCCGGUCAUCAUGCACAUAGAUCUGAAACGGACGCACUCCAAGCUGAAACGCUUGUCCCUGGUGGAUUCGGAUGGUUUGAUACCUCCUCUGUUCCAGUUUGACCGGCAGGCCCCCGGCCGGAUCUCCACGUCCCCGACUCUGAGGAGGAUGAGAAGCACCAGGCGCUCCAUGAUGGAUAUGGUCAGAAUGGGCACCACACAGGAGGAACCUAGCGCCACUGUACUGACGUCCCCGACCAGAGUCAAGUCCCCUCUCGCCAUGAGCCCCCUCUCCGAUGUAGAGCUGUAUCAGUCCAACUCGUCCUGUGGUCGACAAAGAACCAGAUCACAUAGAUCAAAGACUUUCGACAAUGGCAUCACCACCACCAAGCGAGAAUGCCGCAGCGCAACUAUCCAGAAAGAUUUUCACUUCCCUGAAACUGAGCCACUACAGGAGAAAGACCACCCUGAUGACAGGCUGAAGGAGAGGAGGCGGAGCUCUGUGGUGGUCAGCUUGGCUGGAAUGGACGUUUCACCUGGAGACCUUUUCGUUUCAAAUGGAGCCGCUGACAUGUUAAAUGGGUCCAACCUGUCUGACACAAAGAAGUCCAAGUGGCCUUUCAGACGCAGCACGACGAAAGGAAAGUCGGGCGUGGGAACCGCGUCGGACAUCGAGAAAUGCCUGUCGACGGUGGAGAUCCAGGACUGGAGAGACGGCGACUUUCAGAAGUUUAAGGAUUGUUCCUUCUCGGACUUCCUGCGGGACCAGUCAUCCCAGCUGAGCGCCGCCUCCGACCCUCAGGGCUUCAAGACAAAGGAAGCUAUUUGGGAGCUCUUCACCAGCGAGUGCGUUUACUUUCUGGAUCAGCUCAUGGUUCUCAAAGAGGUGUUUUUGGAGACGCUGAUCAACCUGCAGGAGAGAAACUGCUUGACUGAUGUGGAGACCUGGAGGAUGUUUGCCAAUCUCAAAGAGCUUUGUCUGGUGAGCUCUGAUUUCCUCACCAGCCUCCUACGUGUCAUCAAGAGCUGGCUGGAGCUCAGUGAGGGGGAGGGGCCGGGACUGCUGGAGCUGCUCAGCAAGGCGUUCCAGGGCAGCAUCUGCCAGUGUCUGCAGAAGUACUGCCUCAACUACUCCACCGCGCUGCUCUACCUGGCCAGCCUCAAGUCCAGAGAGGACUUUGGAUCCUACGUGAAGUGGUGCGAGAGGAAGGAGCAGUGCCGCAGGCUGCAGCUGCGGGACCUGCUGGUGGUGCCGCUGCAGAGGCUGACUCGCUACCCGCUGCUGCUGCGCAACAUCGCCAAGAGGUUCCAGUCGGAGGAGCAGAGCCGAGGCCUGCAGGCCGUGGCCGAGCAGGUGGACACCUCCAUAUGUGAUCUGGAGGGAAAGGUCAAGUGGCUGGAAAACUACCAGAUGGUGAAGCAGCUGAGAGACGCCCUGGUGUGGCUGCCGGUGUGGGAGCGAGACAAGCGGGCCUUCGUCCCCGAGAGCCUGAAACAUCUGCUGAAGGCCGUCACCCUGGAGAACCUCAUCUCUCACAGAAGUCUGCUGCACGAAGGGAAGCUGGCUCUCACAGAAAACACCAAGGUGACCGACGUCUAUCUCUUCCUGUUCGAUGAAUUCCUGCUCAUCACAAAGCUCAAAAGAAGCAAGAAGCGGUCAGUGGGACCAGACCAGAACCCGCUCAGGCAGCCUCAGAACUUGGAGUUGGAGCAGCUGCUGAAGGAGGGUUGCACCUUCACGGUCCUGGAUCAGCCCCUGUCUCUGGACCGACUUCAUCUCAGGAACAUCGACCAGCUGAACGCUUCAACGUCUGGACUCCCCCACUCCUUCAUCAUCACCCACCAGAACCGGUACCAGCAAUGUAUCGGCGCCUUCAUCCUGCAAGCCGGGUCAGAAGCUGCCAAGAAAACGUGGAUGUCAAAGAUAGAGGGCGCUGUGACGGCACUGCUGAAGCUGGACUCUCGGCAGCCUCGCGUCAACAACUCCUCCUCGUGGCUUGAGUCGUCGCAGAUUUAAAUCAAAAAUGGCCACUGAAUUUUUUGUUUUGUUUUUCCUGUGGACUUGCACUUCGCUGUCCUCGCACCUGAGGCAGCGGCUGACGUAGCAAUAAAUACGGACUGUCGCCUCACGAUUCUUCAUUUUGGUUUGGUGAAGAAUAAAAUUUUGCUUCUUUUUUUGUUGGGGGAGUUUUGCGCCUCACUUGGACGCUCGAUUGCAGCGCCCCCUACUGCUUGAUGUUACCAUGUAAAAUCAAAGGGACCAGGUCAUUUCAAAACACUCUCCUCAUGUGGUUUGAAGGAAGAUCAGACUUUAUAUCUGCAACAAAGCAGAGGGCCAACACCACUUCGAUGCACAUUCAUCCUCCUACUGCUUCCUCGCCUUGAGGGGCCACACGGAGUACAGUACACAAUUAAACUGGUUUUUUUUGACUGUGGGAGGAAACUGGAGUAAACUUGCGCAAGCAGACGGAGAGCAUAGAAACUCCACACAGGAAAGGAAGCAAACCUGCAACCUUGCAGUGACCCAGCUGCCUCAUAUUUAAAGAAACGUUGAAUAUCCAUAACAUUACGACCAGCAUAAAAACAGGAGUAGAAAGAU